AGUCCGGCAGCGGACGGCGGCCCGCCCCGCCCGGCCCCCGCCGCCUCGGUACCGGCAGGGCUCGGCCUCGGCUCUGCCAUGGAGGCGCUGCGGGCGGCGGGGCGCGCAGUACUCCGGAGUCCGCGCCUCGCCCGGCACGGCCUGGGGCUCUGCCGGCGGCGCAAGCUUCCUGAGAGCUGGGCUGAUAUGCAGGAGCCGCUGCUUGAGGGGAUGUGCUUCACACUGAAGUAUCUGGGCAUGACACUGGUAGAGAAACCCAAAGGAGAAGACAUGGCAGCUGCUGCCAUCCGCCGGAUCAUUGCCAUGGCACGGGUGGGAGCUCGCAAGUUCCAGAAGGUGAUUCUGACAGUGUCUCCGAGGGGCAUCUCGCUGCAAGACGCAGACACAAAGGAGAUUGUUGAGAACAUCUCCAUCUACAGGAUCUCCUACUGCACAACCGACAAGCUGCAGAACAAAAUCUUUGCUUAUGUUGCGCAGAGCCAGGAGAGUGGGGCACUGGAGUGCCAUGCCUUCCUCUCACCCAAGAAGAAGAUUGCCCAGGCUGUGACUCUGACUGUGGCCCAGGCCUUCCAGAUGGCACUGGAUCUCUGGGAAGCAGCAAAUGCAGGCUCUAGGCAGGAACAGUCCCUUCACCCUCCAUGUGUCUUGGAGCACAGUGAACCCGGCAGAGCAAGUGAGCCAGCCCCCCCGGGGAGCCCUCCCUUCAGACACCAAUUCGGGGAGGAGGAAGAGGAGGAGGAAGAUGAAAACCUUGAGGAAACUUUACCUGGCUGCAUGGAGGAGCUGGGGAGGGAAGUCCACAGUCCAGCAGAGUUGACACCUCUUGUGCCCAGACCGAACUUGCCAACUGCGCAGCUGCCGCUGAGCUGGCCCCGCUUGGGGCAACCCCCAGGCUGCUGGAAGGGGCUGGGGGAGGUUGGAGUCCCCCCCACAGCUGGCCUUGGGACUGAUGGCCCCAAGGUUACCCUGGGCUAAGCCAAGUCUCUGCAGCAAUGGACCAGCCACUCAGGAUUCACCCUGUGCCUGCACCCAGGCAAGCCAGUGCCUGCCCCUGCUCCCUGCACUGUCCCCAGGCGCAGGGGCUACUGACACAACUGCCAUGCGGUGUGCAGACUGCAACACCCACUCCUUGUUGUGCUGUCCACCUGCAUGAACCACCUUGAACUGCAGUUGCUCCUUGUUGCCCUUUAAGGCUGUUGGACUAGUGUUCCUCACUCUGCCCACUCCCAUUGCAGGCACAGCCACUGCACGUGCCCUGGGCCUGCAGAAUGUAGCCAGUGCACCCAGAGCUGUGUAUCCGACUGCUCCUCAUAGUGGCAACUGGGGACCAGUUGAGGCUGAGCAGCCUGCUGUGUCUGUGUGAGGGGGGGGUCUUACUCAGCAAAUUGAAUUUGCAUAUGAUCCUCAGGGAGCUAUAGCUCUUGGCCAGAAGAGCUCUUCCCUGCAGUUCAGCCCUACACCAUCCUGUGAGUGAAAUUAGCUGGUUUUUAAAGGAAAGCUCUGCAUUUGUAGGGAAAUAAACUGAGGUGUGGUGUGUG